AUGACGACUGGGUCCCCGACCAUCACAGGCACCAUUACUUCCACCAGCAGCACCACCCGCAACACCAGCACCAUCACCAUCAACUCCAUUACCAGCACCAAGAACAGCACGAGGCCGAGCAGCGCUCUCAUCUCGCCGACACAUCUGAACUGGCCCCACGGCUACCUCCUCCCGAGGCCCCUGUGA